GGAAUUUGAGUGGGUGCAUUGUGCUUGUCUGUGUUUUGUGUUGUCUGUCAUCCAAGAACAUUUUUAAACUACUUAACUCCCGGAUUUAAGUCAUCUCCCUGAUAUCAGAAUAAUUUGUUGUCUUCGGAAAUGAAUACUUUGUUCCUACUUUUUAGCUUUAAUGUACUGCUUUUUACGAGUAACUCGCUCGUGAUCCCUAAAUCAGAUGGAGCUUCUAAAAGAGUUCAUGAAAACGCUUUGAGUGAUGAAGACCAUUAUAAAGAAGAACUGCACAAUGUUGAUUAUGACCAUGAAGCUUUCUUAGGAGAAAAGGAGGCAAAAACAUUUGAUGAUUUAAGUCCAGAAGAGAGCAAACGACGAUUGGGAAAAAUUGUGGAUAAAAUUGAUACUGAUAAGGAUGGAUUUGUUUCCAUGCAAGAAUUAAAAGAUUGGAUACAGCUCACCCAAAAGCGAUACAUAAUUGAAGAUUCUGAGCGGCAGUGGAAAGGUCUCAAUCCUUAUGGUGAAACUGAAAUAUCCUGGCAGAAAUAUCAGAAGUUAACUUAUGGGUACAUGGAAGACAAUAACGAUCUGGAAAAAGUUCACUAUAAAGAAAUGAUGGAUCGGGAUUUGAGGCGCUGGAAGAAAGCUGACCGUGACGGCAAUGAGUCGUUAAAUAAGGAAGAAUUUACGGAUUUUGUUCAUCCAGAGGAAAGUACUCACAUGAAAGAUAUUGUUGUCGUUGAAACUAUGGAAGAUAUCGAUAAAGAUGGAGAUGGAAAGAUUUCUAUUGAUGAAUAUAUUGGUGAUAUGUAUAAUGACGAUGAUUUGGAAGAGGAGCCAAGUUGGGUUGAAUCCGAAAGAGAACAGUUCACUCGAUUUCGGGAUAAAGACAAAAGUGGCUUUAUGGAAUUUGAAGAAGUAAAGCAUUGGAUUCUACCCGAUGAUUACGAUAACAGUGAAGCUGAGGCUAAACAUCUGAUUUAUGAAUCUGAUGUUAACAGAGACAAUCAAUUAAGCAAAGAUGAAAUUCUUAAUAAGUAUGACUUAUUUGUUGGCAGUCAAGCAACAGACUUUGGAGAAGCUCUCCGACAUGAUGAAUUUUAGAACAGUUUUUGGAAACAAAGUGGAAUCUCAAGAAAUUUUUUUAUGUUUUGUACUGGAUUUUUGUACUUAAUUGGCUAAGUUUUGAAUCUAAGUGUGUCUUAUUUUUUUUCUUUCCUGUUAAAGUACUUGACCUAAUGGAAGUUGUUUUCAAACAAGUUUUCAUAUUACAUGAAAUUUUUAUUUUUAACUUAAUGCUGAAAUGCAUAAGUGCUUAAUAUUUUGUUGUUUUUUCCUUUUUAAAAUCAUAUAAGUUUUUAUACUGUUUUAUCAAAAACUUGCAUCACGUACUAGUACUUCCUAAAGUGUGCAACUUGUCUUUUGCAUGAAUUUAAUUUGGUGAUAAAUACUGCUUCAAUAAUUUUCUUAUGAUUUUAAAUACAUGCAUUCAGUUUUUAUCGCUUUCACCCAUCAAAAAGCAAUUUUAGUUUCAAAAUUGAAAGUAGCAUCCCCCAUCCUACUUUUUCUCUCGAGCUUUGUUGAAAACACUUUUUUUUAAGGAUUAUGGUCAUGCCUAAUAAUAAUAAUGUUUUAUCAUGAAACUACUAUUCAUGGCAGCUACAACCAUGCCAAAGAUGUUUAUUUAAAAACUUUACACAAAACAUUAAAACUGCAUAUGUCAAGUUAUUUAUCAGUGUGAAGCAAAAAAUUUAAAGGUAAUGUGCAUGUAAAAAUAUUUGUCAUAAAUUCUAUUUUUUCUUUCAAAUAUUUUUCCAUUUCACAUAUGAAAGUGCAUUUAUUCACAUAUGAAAGUGCAUUUAUUUUCUUAGAAUUUUGUGUUUCCUAUUAAAGGAAUUCAGUAUGAAUAAUAUACACACAAAACCAAAUUACAGAAAGAAAACAUUUUGAAAUAACACAAAAUUUAUAAUCAGAAACAAAUGAUGAAAUACAAUUUACUUGUUUGUAACAGCUAUGUAACAUAUUUAUCAAUAAAUAAAUUUGGUAUACAAGUCAGGGCAAUAUAAAUACAACAAGACUUCUCCUAUUUAAACAAUAUUUUAAAAUAAGAAUAUAUAAAUUUUACAAUAUAUUUUUUAAUAUGUGAAUUCUAUCUUCAAUCAAUUGAAAAAAAAAAAAAAAAAAAACUCAUAUGUCAAAGAGUGAUUUUACUCCAUAAAAUAACUUAACAGUCAAUAUUUCACACUCUUCAUUCCAUAUGGCAGAACACUUUUCAGGGUCUGAGCUUCUAGGGAAAUUUAACUCCAGGAAAUAUUUAUUUGUUUUGCAUACCAAAUUAUUUGAGGAGAUCUUCAAUGUGAUAUCAUCUUUUGAAUGUGUAUUAAGUAAUUUAAUUUUUACUAAUAAACUUUCACAGCUAUUUGAUCCAGGUCCUUUGUCACUCAUCUAAUUUCAAAGAGAAAGAAAAUUUUAGUUUCAACUUCACUCAUUAAGAAUAAUUAGUAAUUAACAUUAAAUUAAGCAGUUACAUGCAGUAAUAAAUGAACAGAAGCUGCAACUAUAUUUUGUUCCAAACGUUUUUAAUACAACCUAAAAGUAUUUCAAUAUAUGCUUCUUGUUUUUUUUCUUCAAAAAGUUGGAAUUGGAAGAAGUAAUGAAUUCUUCAACUUAGAAAGUAUUUAUUAUUUUUCUUAUUAGUUAAUCAGUCAGACAUUUAAAUUGCAAACUAGUUAGCAUUUUUACAAAAUCUCACUGACAACGUUUGCAACUUCAAUAAAAAAGUAAUUUUUUUAAUGUCAAAUUUAACAGUGCUUAAUCCUAUCCGAGUUGUUAAAAUUUGUAUUACAUUCUACCUUUCAAAGUUUUCAUUCUUAUCUUUUCUAAAACGUUUCUAUGAAAGAAAAUUGCUUUACAUUUUAACUACUUAAUUCAUUUUUUUUUUCUGAGUAUUAUCAGGCAGAACCUUGAUCAAAUUUCAAAAUGAAUAAAUAAAACAAUUAUAAUUAUUGAAUAAAAAUUUAGCUUUACUUUAACAAUUAAAAUAUUUUUGUAACAAUGUUUAACAAAACUGCAAUAUUUGACGUAUCUAAAGUUAAUUUCCUUAAUGAAUCUUCUCACCCUCCUCCUCCCACUGCCAAAAAGUGAGAUUUUUAACUCAAGGGACAGUUAAACUUUUGCAUGCAAUUAUAAAACAUAACAAUCAACACAAAUAAAAAUCAAUCAUAUCAAUACUUUUUUUUUUUUUUUUUUUGUAACUAAAUAUUUUUAUGGGGUGUAAUUUUUGCUGUUCUGUGUUUACACAAUCCAAGCAAAGUUCAUUUAUGUUUCAAUGUGCCAAAGAUAGAACUUUGUUUGAUUUUGUUCAUAAUGUUUAGAAGUAUUAUUUUUGUGUUUGUGGCUUCAAAAAUAAUGUAUAUUAUAGUUUUUGUUUGAAAAUAAUAAUUUUAUAUAAUAGACAUUUUUCAUUUAGUUGAUACUAAAUAUCUAUUAAAAAUGUUUUUAUUUUAUGAAAUUUUAAUGUAAAAAACAUAAUAUGCUAAUUUUACAUAUUUUUAUAUGAAAAUCUCUAUUUAAAAAUAAAAUUGUUUAAAAA